AUGGGCGACUUCCGAGACAUCAGAGGCUUCUUCACCAAGGCCGAGUGGAGCGAUCUGGCCGAGUGCGAGAAGCGGCGCUACAGGAACAUCAAGCAGAACCACGCCGUCCUGCUGAACCUCGGGAUGAACCCGGCCCAGCCCGAGUUCAUGCGCGCACGCGGCAAGCGCAGGGCGAGGGGGAAUAGAGCGGAGUGCGGGCGGUCGAGCGACUCCGACGAGGAGUGGACGGGGAGGAGGAAGAGGAAGGAGGUGGCGAUUGCACGGAGGACGAAGAGGCAAACGAGGAGGCAAGGGGGCUGCUUCACGCUGGGCCACCGUGGGAGAGUCUCACGCGAGGGCAGCUUCCAGCAAGCGCCGGGCAGAGCAAGCCAGUGGUGCGACCCCAGAGCCGCGAAGGCUGAUGUCCUUGUAAGGGCCGGAUUCGUGUGGCUGGUGGUCGGGACCUGUGCCUUGGCUGGGCCAGGUCAGACUAAAGCGGAAGCCCUGGAGUACGUGUGGAGCAUCUUGCAGGGCGUGGAGGAGGAGGAGCAGCAGGAGGAGGAGUUCAGGGGAUUUGAGCUGAGGGAGGUGCACAAGGCCAGGAUGGCGAUGUUCAGGCUGGAGCGCAGAGCCACCGCCUGCAAGGAGGCCCUGAGGGCUCCUCCGUGCCGCCGGCCUCCGCCCAGGCUGUGGCGGUGUCGCGCAGCGCCUCGCUCUCGCUACGGCAUGCGCCCGCGCGAGAGGAAAGUCUACACAGAGGUGGAGGAGCCCCAGGACGACGACUUCUUCUUCUGCGAGCUGUGCAGGGAUUUCUACCUGGGGGAGUGCUCCGUGCACGGCCCGCCAGAGUUCAUUGCAGACGCGGCCGUGGCCCCGGGAGUGGCCAACAGGGCCCGGCUCAGCCUGCCCCAGGGCCUCACCGUCGGCGCCUCCUCCAUCGCCGGCGCCGGCCUCGGGGUGUGGAGCAACAGGAAGAAGCUGCCCAAGGGGGUGAUGUUUGGGCCCUACCAGGGAGAGGUGUCUGAGGAGAACCCCGUGAGCGAGUACUGCUGGCUGGUGAGCUGCUGCUGCUACUGCUGCAGCCUCCUCCUAUUCCUACAUCAUCAUCGUGUGUGUGGAGAGGAGGCUCGUGAAAUUUACAAAAACAAAAAGGAUCGUGAAUAUGUUGAUGCUCAGGAUGAAUCUAAAUCAAACUGGAUGAGGUUCGUCAACUGCGCGAGGAAUGAGCAGGAGCAGAACCUGGUGGCCUUCCAGCACCGGGGGCAGAUUUACUACCGCACAUUCCGUGCCGUGGGGCCCGGCUCUGAGCUGCUGGUCUGGUACGGCGAGGAGUUCGCCCAGGAGCUGGGCAUCGCCUGCGAGGCCGGGCCCUCGCGACGCCGCAGCAGCAGCAGCAGCGAGAUGGCUCCUAGGGCCACCGCCAGAGACCUGCAGCCCGUGCAGCCUCCACCAAGCGAGGAACACCGUGAGCACUGCUCACCAGAGACUCACCACUGCUCACCAGACUAUAGCCACCACUCACCAGAGAUGAUAGCCACCACUCACGAGAGACGAUAGCCACCACUCACCAGAGAUGAUAGCCACCACUCACCAGAGAUGAUAGCCACCACGCACCAGAAAUGAUAGCCACCACUCACCAGAGAUGGCAGCCACCACUUACGAGAGACGAUAGCCACUACUCACCAGAGACGAUAGCCACCACUCAGUAGAGAUGAUAGCUACCAUUCACCAGAGAUGAUAGCGACAUCUCACCAGAGAUGUGGAUGUAGCUACCACUCACCAGAGAUGAUAGCCACCACUCACUAGAGAUGAUAGCCACCACUCACCAGAGAUGAUAGCCACAUCUCACCAGAGUUGGUAGCCACCACUCACCAGAGAUGACAGCCACCACUCACCAGAGAUGAUAGGCACCAGCCACACUGAUAAGGUGGAAGUGAGUAACUGGU